AAGAACUUCGCUGUUUUGCUUAUUCGCGCUCCGGAAAAAAAAAAAAAUUAGAGAAUGGAGGAGCCUCAGAACGGCAAUGACGGCAAUGGCGGCUCGGCGGCGGAGCCUGUGGUGGGACCCGGCCCUGCCCCUCGUGCUCGCCCCAAGCGACCUCUCCAGUUCGAGCAAGCCUACCUCGACACCCUUCCCUCCGCCAACAUGUACGAGAAAAGUUAUAUGCACCGCGACGUCGCUACACAUGUUGCUGUGUCAACUGCAGAUUUUUUCAUAACUGGCAGUGCUGAUGGACAUUUAAAGUUUUGGAAGAAAACGGCUACUGGCAUCGAGUUUGCUAAGCAUUUUAGAUCCCACCUUGGUCCGAUUGAUGGCAUAGCUGUCAGUGCUGAUGGUCUGCUUUGCUGUACAAUUUCUAAUGAUCAUGCUGUCAAGAUAUACGAUGUAGUCAACUAUGAUAUGAUGGUCAUGAUUCGCGUAUCCUUUGUUCCUGGUGCUGUUGAGUGGGUCUACAAACAAGGGGAUGCCAAAGCCAGGCUCGCUGUCAGUGAUAGGAACUCAUCAUAUAUACAUAUAUAUGAUGCACGAGCUGGUACAAAUGAACCUAUCAUUUCCAAAGAGAUGCACUUGGGACCUGUGAAAGUUAUGAAGUACAACCAUGUAUUUGAUACUGUAAUUUCAGCUGACACAAAGGGUAUAAUUGAGUAUUGGAGCCCUGGAACUUUUCAGUUCCCAGAGGACAAGGUCAAGUUUAGAUUGAAAAGUGACACUGAUCUCUUUGAAAUUGUAAAAUGUAAAACUGCUGUCUCUUCUAUUGAGGUGAGCCCGGAUGGUAAGCAAUUUUCAAUUACGUCGCCUGAUCGACGGAUACGUGUGUUUUGGUUUGCAACUGGUAAACUAAGACGUGUUUAUGAUGAAUCUCUAGAGGUGGCCCAAGAUCUCCAAAGAAGUGAUGUCCCUAUGUACCGGCUGGAAGCUAUUGAUUUUGGGCGAAGAAUGGCUAUUGAGAAGGAAAUUGAGAAAACAGAAACAGCACCACAGCCAAAUGCUGUUUUUGAUGAAAGCUCCAAUUUCCUCAUAUACGCAACCCUACUUGGGAUAAAAGUGGUUAACCUAUACACCAAUAAAGUGGCCCGCAUACUUGGAAAGGUGGAGAACAAUGAUAGGUUCUUGAGAAUAGCCUUGUAUCAAGGUGACAGGAGCAGUAAAAAAGUUAGAAAACUGCCUACGGCUGCAGCAAAUGCCAAUGAAAGCAAAGAGCCUCUUACAGAUCCUACUCUUUUAUGUUGUGCUUUCAAGAAGCACAGAAUCUAUCUAUUCAGUCGGAGAGAACCAGAGGAACCUGAAGAUGCAACUAAAGGAAGAGAUGUAUUUAAUGAAAAGCCACCUCCUGAUGAACUCUUGGCUGUAUCAGAUAUUGGAAAGUCCGUCACAACAUCUCUGCCUGACAAUGUGAUUUUGCAUACCACAAUGGGUGACAUACACAUGAAAUUAUACCCAGAGGAGUGUCCAAAAACUGUGGAGAAUUUCACAACCCACUGCCGGAAUGGCUAUUAUGACAAUCUCAUUUUCCACCGGGUUAUCAAAGGCUUCAUGAUACAAACAGGAGAUCCUUUAGGGGAUGGUACUGGCGGUCAAUCUAUUUGGGGCAGGGAGUUUGAGGAUGAAUUUCACAAGAGUUUGCGACAUGACCGACCUUUCACUGUUUCAAUGGCUAAUGCGGGCCCAAAUACAAAUGGAUCCCAGUUCUUUAUCACCACAGUGGCUACUCCUUGGCUGGAUAACAAGCACACAGUUUUUGGCAGAGUUAUAAAGGGAAUGGAUGUUGUACAGGCUAUCGAGAAAGUCAAGACAGACAAGACAGACAAACCCUACCAAGAUGUCAAAAUCCUGAACGUGACUGUCCCAAAGUCUUGAAUCUCAUUCCUACAGUGAUAGUCUGUCUAAUUAUGGUUUAUGCUGAUUUCUCAUUCUUGACAAAGAUUGUGUUCAGGUAUUUCAUCCAUUUGCCUAUCGAGUCUCUCGUCAGUUAAAACUGUGCUUGUUUGCUUAUUUUGUCAUUAAUGAGGAAUAUUAUGUAAUGGGGGCAAACAGCAAGGAAAGGAAAGCUUGAGGAUGGAGAUCUGGGCUGAAAUCUAGAUAUGAGAGAUAGAAAAAGCAGCAAAAAUGACCAGCCCUUAAAGCCGAAUUUUACUCCUCUUUUUUUUUUUUGGUUGCCCUGAACUUACACCCAUUUCCGCGAUUACCACUGUGAUUUGCGUUUGGGUUCCAUGGAUGUUGGAAUUCUUCUAAUCUAAGGAGAAAAAAUCUCAAAUUCAACCUUUAGGUCUCUAUCAUCAUAAUUCAAGCUUUAGGGGCCAUCGUUUCGUGGGUUCAUGCGGUUUGAACUUAUGAGCCUGGUUUAGUAUCAAGCAUGAUUGAAUUUUGUUUCAGCAAAAAAAAAAAGAAAUGGGUGUAUGCUAUAUGUAUAAACCUUGCUUCUGGGUGGAUGGUUUCAACAUUUCCAAUGUUUGGCCAUUUCUCCUAGAAAACAGACUUUUCUCUCUCUGUCGUAUCAUGAAAAGAACUGUGGAAAAUGUUGAAUU